ACAGGAUUUUCGUUCAACAGUUUCAACUGCACGCCAUGGAUUUGGUCAAUAAUUACGGUUCCAGUGACGAGGAAGACAAUGUCGUGACAACCACAGUGUCAAAAUCCCUUACGGUGAAUGCCGCUCCAGACACUGGUAUCGAUGUGCGUGAUUCGAAUCAUUUAUAUACAGCGCCUACCGCCACCGAACUGACCGUCAACGUUCCGUAUACUGAUCUUACCCGACCUACCAUGGGACCAGAAAAUCCUUUCUCCAGUCGUAAACUCGCCACACAAAAUAUCUUGACGGGCCACGUCGAAAUGCAGGCAAUAUCCGAAAGCGAUUUCCGAACCCAACUUCGAACGUUUGAAACGUAUGGCUAUGCACGCGAUCCUUCUUUAGGGUCAGCCAAUCUGGCAGGUCAAGUCGGUCAAGGUAUGAUGGGAACAGGCUAUGUAGGCAAUUUGUCCGCAGCCGCUCAUCUGGGAGGCGCAUCCGUGUACGAUGCUGUGCCGAAAGGAUUAAGGCCCAACAAAGAUAUACGUAAAAAGCGAGAAAAGAAGGGCGAUUCAAGCGUACUGGAAGGUGAUAAUGCAUACAAAGGACCGUGGGCUGGAUAUGAGACAGAUCACAAAGCACCGGUGGGCUUGGAGCCGGAACAACAGGAAGAAGUGCAAGCCGUCAUGCACCCUCCCAAGGCCAAAAAAGCCGCCGAACCGGCUGGAAACGAAACAACCAUCUUCCACGGUGCCUCCGAACGCGAUUAUCUUGGCCGCACCUAUAUGGCGGUGCCUCAAGAUUUGGAUGUCAAUUUACUAGGCGAGCCCGGCACCCAGGAUUGCUUUGUCCCCAAACGAUGCAUUCACGUAUGGGAAGGUCACGCUCACGGUACAGCUGCUAUUCGAUUCUUGCCCAAAUCAGCCCAUUUAUUACUUAGUGGUGGUAUGGAUAACAAGCUCAAGAUUUGGGAUGUGUACCAUGACCGAAGUUUAUUGCGCACCAUGAUUGGACACACAAAGGCCGUCCGAGAUAUUGCUUUCAAUAACGAUGGUCGGCAAUUCCUCAGUGCAAGUUACGAUCGCUAUGUAAAAUUAUGGGAUACUGAAACAGGUCAAUGCAUCCGAGCGUUUACUACGGGAAAGACACCUUACUGUGUUACGUUCAACCCUGACGAGGACAAGCAAAACAUCUUCUUGACCGGUUGUUCAGAUAAAAAGAUUGUGCAAUUUGAUACGCGAACGGGUGAAAUUACGCAAGAAUAUGACCAGCAUCUGGGUGCCGUGAAUUCUAUUACAUUUGUGGAUGAUAACCGUCGCUUCAUUUCAACCUCGGACGAUAAAACCAUGCGCGCUUGGGAAUACGAUAUUCCUGUUGUCAUCAAGUACAUUGCUGAACCAGACAUGUAUUCCAUGCCAUCCGUGACCUUGCAUCCUAACAAUAAAUGGAUGGCAUGUCAGUCAUUAGAUAAUCAAAUUGUCGUAUAUGGCGCAAGGGAUCGAUUCCGUAUGAAUCGAAAGAAACGAUUCGCUGGUCACUUGGUGGCCGGUUACGCUUGCAAGCCUGGAUUCUCUCCGGACGGACGAUUUAUCAGUAGCGGUGAUUCCAAUGGCAAUGUAUGGGUAUGGGAUUGGAAGACGUGCAAGAUUUUGAAGAAGUUCAAGGCACACGACAAAGUGGUCAUGAAUACCGAAUGGCAUCCUCAUGAAACCUCGAAAAUGGCAACGUGUUCGUGGGAUGGCUCUAUCAAAUACUGGGAUUAGAAGAAGGGGAAAAGGAAAAAAAGAAACCACGCAAACACUCUGUCAAUAAUAAAAACCGCAUAAAUUAACGGUCUUGUGUACCUUGAAAACGUGAAAUGUCUUUGGGGGGCCAGUAACUCUUUGUUGGAAGUUUUUAAUCAUGUUGGUGCUUUGUAUAAUAAAAAAAUCAAAAUGAUGGAGCACCAUUUCUUACAGGAAGAGAAA